AUGCGCUUCAUCACACUCGGAGCGGGGGUAACUCUUGCAACCAUCAGCCAAGCAUUUCUACUUCCUCCAACCAUCUCGAAAUCUGAUAGCGAUGUCGUAAAUGCCUUACCUUUCGAUGCUGCCAUCGACGCGGAGGGUAGGAUGUUGGCUGUCGAUUGCCCUGGCUGUCCAGUUUCUGCCCAGGAUGUACGAGGAGGUCGACACGAUCUGAAGGGAGUAAAUAGACUCCUGUUCAACUUCUCAGUCUCACACGAUAAUGGCCUUGAUCGUGUUCUCCUGAACGGACACCAAUUCUAUCCCAUCGAUAUGGAAUCCAGUCUCGAACGUCUCACAGCCCCACAACUGAUCAAAUCAUCGGAAGGCAAUUGGGUCCAAGCUGCCGAGCCCGACCUAGGUUAUGCUCUACGCAUCCACAAGCCAAUAUCAUACUUCAAGCAAGAUGAAAUUGAUCUGUUGAUCGCAACUCUUGAAAUCAUCGAAGUUGGUAAUACAUUCGUGGAUACCGUGGAUAAUAUCGAACUCAAGAUUCUUACAACACCAAGUGGAAAAUUGAUGAUUGGCGAUGCCCAAGUUACACCAUCGCCACCAAAGAGCCAUCUAACUAAUCCGACAGUUGAUGGACAAGAAUGUACAACGGUGCUUUGCAAAUGGAGAGCUAUUAUGGCAGACAAACUGUCGGCUCUUAAGAAAGGCUGUGAUGGCAAAGCUCACCCAACUUCUCACAACAACCGACCUCAAGGUCAUGGUCAUCAACGUCCUCAUGGUCAUCAUGGCGGUCAUGGCGGUCAUGGUAGACCUCAUCGAUUUUCUCACAAACACCAUGGUAUCACCGGAUUCUUACGAGGUGUUGUCUUACACGUGGUUAUUCCAGUCAUCAUUGGAGUCGUUGCUGGAAUCACUGCCAGUCUUGUCGGUAUGAUAGCUGGUCACAUUGCUAUCUUUAUGUGGCGUCUAUUGUUCCGUAGAGGAUUUCAAAGCCAAUACACCAAGGUCCAACAAGAAGAAUUCGUUGUCGAGGAAGGUAUCGAGGAAGACAAGAGUCUCAUUCAACAUCAAGGCCCCCCUCCAGUUUACGAAGAUAUCGUGAAGGAGGAUAAAGCAUAA